GUAAUAAGCUAAUUAAUUAUCUCAGAAGAUAUCUCACAUUGCUCAGCAUCUUCAAUUGCCUACUGUAGAGCCACACGAUAAAGUUCCACCGCUUCUGAUCAUUAAUAUACAGCUACCAACAUAUCCCGCUUCCCUGUUCCUUGGAGACGGGGAUGGGGAAGGAAUGAGCCUCGUCUUGUAUUUCCAAUUAUCAGAGAACUUCGAGAAAGAGACUUCGCCACAAUUUCAAGACAGCAUAAAGAGACUUGUGAUGGAUGAGGUAGAAACCGUCAAGGGUUUUGCAAAAGAAUCAGCGGUGCCAUACCGGGAGAGACUAAAAAUUUUGGUUGGCGUCGUGAAUCAUGCAGAGAAGAAGCUUUUGCGUGCCUACAGGCUACAACAAUAAGCCAGUACUUUCACGUCCCCAGCACGCUUUCUAUAAGGGUCCAAACUAUUUUGAAAUCGACCUGGAUGUUCAUCAUUUCAGCUACAUUUCUAGGAAAGGGCUUGAUGCAUUCCGGGAGAGGUUGAAACAUGGGAUACUUGACUUAGGAUUAACGAUCCAGGCUCAGAAGGCGGAGGAACUGCCAGAGAAAGUUGUGUGCAACAUUCGACUGAACAAGAUUGAUUUUGUAAAUCAUGGGCAGAUACCUCAAUUUGUAAUACCUGUAUAACUUCAACUCAGAUCAGGUGGAAGAGAAUUUAGGGUUUAUUAUUGAAUUCUUAAGCCACAAGAAAUUUCUUUACCAGUAAAAGGUGACAGUUGUGGAAUUCUAGAUGUGGUGGUCUAUUCACUAUUGGAGAUAAUGAUGAUUAUAUUGUUGCCUUUGCUUGUUCA